UCAUGCCAGAUAUUUUCUGUGAACAGCAGUGGUUCCCAAUUUAAGAUUAGAAGUAUUAUGUCUGAGUGAUUUCAAGAUCCAUGUUACAUUUGGGAAAUAAAAGAAGAAAUGAAGGACAACUCAAAAGUUUUGCAAUACGGUACUUUUCUCCCAGAAAGCAUUUAGAUGUGGGACCCAUAUGGGUAUGAAAUGGACUAAAGAAUGGCAUAGUCUAAAUUGCCAAUGGGUCAUAAAGGUGUUGCACAAUAUAAUUCCAAUUUUAGAUAAAGCUAAGCCUCAUAUGGGGAAUCAAUUUUAUUUAUUUAUUUUUACAAAUAUGGGUUGACUCUGACUGCACAUAUAGUGCUAAUCCAGUCUGAGUGACCUAUAGACUAUAUAGGGCUUAAUUAGUACCCAUCCAGUCUGAGUGACCUAUAGACUAUAUUGGGCUCAUUUAGUACCCAUCUAGUCAUACUAAGGCUUACAUGGAGACCUUCAAGAACCAGCCUCGGCAAAAUCCCACUAGCGAACAACACUGGUUUUUCAUUUGAGUUUAGGGAUUUUGUAUGACUGAUUCAUUGACGGUUUUAAGUCCCCUAACAAACAAUACAAUACCAAUCUGUUCUGAUGGCUAUGCCAAAGUCUAAAGAAAACCUGUUAAGCUUUAAAUCUAGUACCCUUAAAAACAAUGUCUGACUGCUUAAGGACAAAAUAUGAAGACAUGGGAGUUUUGUAUAGUAAUAAUUAAUCGUACGUUCAGUCUAAAAAUGAUUGAAUCAGGACACAUUUGUAAAUCACGGGUCGGUGGGUCAGAUUGAUGGGAAGGAAAGCUGUUAUCUAAUUGUCAACAGGUGUCCCAUAGAGGUGCGUCAAUGCCCCCCUUAGCUGGCAGGGGUCCAGGAGAUGAGUCUUCCUCAUUUUUCAUCAUUGCAUCACUCCACCCUCCUGUGAGAGACAACUACCUUAAAGGCUUUAAACCGGCGAGAAAUCCUCCUGUUGGUGGGUGGCACCUGCGCACCGAGCCACCGCGGACCGCUGUUUCAUCACCGGUGGCGGCCGAGGAGGGAAAGGAGGGCUGCUGCUUCACGUCCGGGUAUAUUUAUGGCGUCAGCAUCGAGAGAGGAAAGGUGGGUUCACAUGUCCGGGAGUCCGGCGAGGGGAGGCGCCCUGCGCAUCUAGUCCAAGCGGGCCGGGAUACCCGCACGCAGACUCGGUCCGUGGCUCUGCUGGCUUCUCCUUUAAGCAUCUAUUAUCGGCGGGGACGGGCAACAUGUGCGCCUGGAUGGUGUGAAGUCCGUCAGAGCGAAUUUUCGGAUGCGUCUUUCUCGGAUACGCCAAGUACCCGACGUUUCAGAGCACCUUGUGUCAUAGAGAACCAUGAGCACUGUGGAGGAGGAGCCGGACCACAUGAUACCAUGAAGACAAGUCUGCAGGUCCUGCGCUGCCAGCUGCUGAGUAUUCUGGCAAUUCUAGCACUGACCACUGGAGUAGUGUUAUCAGCACAUGAGAUGUACCUCAGCCACACAUCCAAGGACUCUGUCUCCAUGGCAACCAGCCCCAGCAUCCGCCUUUCUAACCCCAAACCUUCCUCUGCGGACUGGCAUCAGGAAGGCUCCACUAGUGGGGAAUGGUUGUCCAAAGGUGGACCACCCUCAAACAUCAUCCUUUCUAAUGCUGGCCUCCUUCCUUCCACCUUGCCUGACACAUACACUGUCACACCAAUCACUGUGAGCAAUGAUAGCCAUGUGACUCGGCCCCUAGGGCCCAGGUCUGAAACUGUAAACGAUGUCAGCAGCGAAGUGUCUAAGUUUGAAUCAGUUAGAGAGACUACAGAUGACAGAAAGCCUCAGCAUCUUGGUGACCCCCGGCAGCUGUGGCCCUCCUUUUUGAUCACUCACCCCCCUUCAUCAGCUGAUGUCGAUCCUCCACAGGGCCUGAAACUCAUGGAGCAUGUUAUUGGAUCUUCAAAGCUGCCUGUGUCCCACACCAUCGUUCUACGAGAGGCUACUGUUGUGGAUGAGGAACCCACUGCUCAGCUGUUGAUAAACUUCACAGAAGGACCCGCAAUGCCAGUCGCGAGCCCUUUGGAACAUUUAACUUCCCCUGCACCCGUCACAGUCAAAUCCACUGAGCCGAGCCUCAAAUCACAUCAACCAACAUUCAUCUCUGUCAACUAUACUUUAGGCACCACUGAGGAGGGUCAGGUGGUUCUGGGUAACGGCACAGACAACCCACCUGUGGGAGACCAGCAGGGGAGUGUAACUAGUUUUGCAGGCCUGUUCUCCAACAGCAGCUUGGUCCGGGCUGAAGAGGCGUCCUCUCAGGGGAACAGCUCAAAUACCCCCUCCACAGACAGCGGGAACUUCCUCAACAGGCAGGUACCGGCCACAACCAGCGAGCCCGCAGCAGCUGGUAACAGUUUGGGCUCCACUGUCAACCCACAACUGUCCCAGACAACCAUCUGCCUGAACAUGAUGGACAUUGUGUGGAUCGUGCUGGCGAUCAGUGUGCCUGUGUCCUCCAUUUCUGUGCUGUUGACAGUGUGCUGCAUGAGGAGGAAGAAGAAGUCGACGAAUCAGGAGAACAACCUCAGUUACUGGAACAACGCCAUCACCAUGGACUACUUUAGCAGACACGCUGUGGAGCUACCUAGAGAGAUCCAUACUCUGGAGAGCGAGGAGCACGACACCUGCCUGCCCCCCAAUGGAGACUACAGCAGCAGCAGCGUGGUCCUGGUUAACCCUUUUUGCCAGGAGACCCUCUUCAUCAACAGAGACAAAGCCUCUGCCAUAUAGUGACACUUCCUGCUCCCCUAGCCUCCCCCAGCUGCGGCCGUCUAUUUUAUAUACAGGGUAAUAUAUUCAGAGACUUUUAACAACACAAAGAGCAACCUGAACGAAGAGCGACACUAAAACAGACACUAUUUAUGACAAGGAUGUACCUGCAUAUUUUUCUGAUGUACAUUUUAUACAAAAAGGCUUAAUUGUGAUAAAGGUUUUUAUUGUCUUUAUAUAUUACAGAGUAUAUGUGGGUUUUGUCGCAUUACAGUGGCUUAAUAGUAAUUGCACUGUGGAUGUUUGCCACAUGAAAUCUGCUUUAGAAGAAAAAAGUGUGCUAUGAAACCUUUAAAGCUGUAUUUUUUUCCUUUUAAAAUCAAUCCCAAAAUACAAAAGCCUGCUGAACUUGAACAUAGCACCUACUUAUUUAAGGGGGGGAAAAGAGAUGAGUCCUCGUUUGAAAACAUCAGGGCCUGUGUUGAUCAACUUUAGAGGAAAUAUACAGCUCCAAUCAGAAGUUUACAUUACCCAUCAUCAGCAUAAAUGUCAUAUUAGCAGAUUUUGUAUCAUCCGUGUAUCCAUCCAUUCAUUAGCUUCCACUUAUCUGAGAUCAGGUUGUGUAGGGAAGCCCAGACAUUCCUUUCAUCAAUCACACUCUCCAGCUACUAAUGGGGGAUCCUAAAUCAGCAGUGAAGUCCAGGGUGCUGUAGUCUCCCUUUUUCUUUACUUGAACAUAUAGUUUGUCUCAACAAAUGUUUCUAUGUACAGGAGUUAGCGGGUGUGCUGGGGAAAUUCUGGCAUGUUUUGAUACAACUUGUUGAUAAUUCCACCCUAAACAUACUUAAUUUGUGUUCCAGUGAAUCAAAUGGAGACAAAACCUGCAGAAAAUAUGUUGUCCUCUUUCUCACAUGACCCUGACUUACAAGAAGCCAAAACAGCAUCUCCUUCUCUGUGAAUGUUAUUGUAAAGAUUUGAUUGUAAAGCAUAAUUUUAAGGCGGCGUAUGAAAAAAAAUUCUUUUAAUACACUUCUAAUCAUGAAAAUAGACCAUAAAGAAUGGCUAUGCUAAAUAUGGCAGCACCUCUCCUUGGAAGUCACAUAAAAUCACAGACAUCAACAAGCAUCAGGAGUAAGGUUUAGCCAGUAAAGUUAAUUAAUGUCUUUAUUCGGACCCCUAUCCAGUCUAAUUGGAGACAUACAGCUACUGUCUUCAAUAGUCAUGUCUUCAUUUUGCUCAUGUGUUGCAGUUUGCUGAACUGCUAGGCUAAUAUUAGUAUUUUUACUCUGUUUUGAGAUGAGUUAUUGAUAAUUCGCCUUGUAGCAUAUUUAAUGUGGCUUCAGCUAAUUGUGUACAGGAUAUACCUUCAGAAAACGUUUUUUCCUAAAAUCUUCCUUGUUUGAAUCUUGUAAAAUUUAAUGACUUGUGUUUUACCUCUCCAGCACCAGGACAGUUGUUGAACAGAACAGAGCAGGUAACAUGACAUAGACAGACAGGCAGCUGCAGCAGCCAUUUCAUUCUCUGUUUUACUAUGAACGCAACUAUGAAUGAAAGGUAAAAAUCACUCCGAUUUUUGUGGUAAACCCAUAUUUAUGACAUAAAUUUAUGCGCAAGGCCUUUUUUUAAACUUUGCAAACCAAAACAAGCUGUGAUUUUUAAAAACUGGCUGAAUGUAAAACAACAACAGAUAAUGGGAGUUGCUUUUAUUCAGGGGCUCAGAUUCUGAUUAAAAAACGCCUUAAUCGAUCUCGGAUCCUAUAGUUGGGAUUAAAUUGGGACAUCCCUAUUCAAAAUAAAAUAUUUUGUCAUAAUGAAGAUAUAUUUAAGAUAAGAAAUGUCCAGAAACAUACUUUACAAGAUAAAUGGUUAGACAAAAACAUAAGAAAUGCAAUAUGAAUUAAAAUAAUUGUUAUACCUAUGUAUGUAUCUUUAAAAAGGAUGGAGUUUUAAAAAUGAAACAAAACAAAAAAAUGCAGCUCGUAGAAAGUAAUAUAUAAGUCACUAACUAUGAUGAAUUCAAUUUAAUAUCCUCCAUCUUGACAUUUGCAAUAAAAUGCUUCAAUAAUCUUUAAGUUUAUUUUACUCAUAAACAGCAGAAAAACACUGAGUUUUUAAUAUUGUUCUCUUGCAAUCAUGUAGAAUGCAGAGUGAAACUAAUUUCUGAAUAUCUUAUGAUCAAAGUUUCUUAUGACCAGUAUAAAUGAACCUAAUAAGACAGUUUGAUAAACACAGGCCCAGAUUAUACUCACUGAUUAGACCAGAGUAUUUAAGAGAUUGGGAUUAGAGAAUUCGAAUGAUCUAAAAUGACUUUUCCUCUGAUGCGUCACCAGCUUCUCUGAGGAGGGACAACGUAGAUGUCUUACUUUUCAUGUUGAUCCUUUAUAUACCUGUGGUGAGAGUGUGGCUGUGAUAGAGAGAGAUGCACAACUAGUGUACUGAAUAAGCAUAUCGGCGUGACCAGAUGAGUUGUACCCCAUUUACCGAAUAUCCCGGUUACUCAAGGUUGAAUACGAGUUGGGUCUCAGUUUGGUCCGUUUGUCUCUACGUCUGCCUCUGAAUGUGUGUCUGUCACUUGUCUAUGUUGUGGAGAGAGCUGUUCAACACUGUAGGAAACAAAUAGCUCAUCCUCCCUGCUGUAACAGUCUACAUUAAUGUUGAAGUGUCAAAUGAUUGUGAAUUUGUCGCUGAAUCACAUAAAAACACACUGAGGCGAACAAUGUGCGCUGAAUAUUUCCUGUGAGCACAUGCAGAACUGGUUUAAUUGAAUAGCUUGUGAUCCUGCUGUCAUUUGUCUAACUUUUGCAUUGCUGCAGUUUAAAUCAAUAAUCAAUGCUGGCUGCUGGCUCUGUUGUUGCUAAAGCAUUUUUUUUUCCUCGUUGCAAGGCGUUCUGAAAUCACCGGACCGAAAGGUGGUGCUGAACGACACGGCUACACAUGAAGAUAUCUCCUGCAUUGGACUCUGACAGCUGGGCUUGUUGUUUUGCACGCUCAAAACGUCAAUAUUUUACAAAACGUACAGUGGCUCGGUGGAGCAGUGUUUAAACAUGUUAUUUUUUGUACUGUAGUAUACACUGUACUUUUUACUGCUGAGCAAUAAAACAGAAGAAAAACACUUGAA